AAACCUGCACACUGAUUGUAUCAGCUCCAGUCACAAUUGCCUAAAUAUGGAGGCAGCUAAGACGUCCUCCAACAGGCAAACCGAUAAACUGGUAGCUACACGGUGGCAUAAUUUAAGUAAAAAGUAAAUCAUCAAGACUCAUUAGGACAUGGAAGAACCAGAAAUGCAUGAUAAAUGCAGCCAGUCUGAAAAAACUAUAUACUGCAAAACGCGACUACAUGACAUCCUAGUAAAACAAAGCUACAGAAAAAAUGUUUAUUGAUUACGUGUGUGUGUGUGUGUGUGUGUGUGUGUGUGUGUGUGUGCGCUCGCGCGCGCCUGAGUGUCUUAUAUUGUAGUGGACCGGAGGAAUUAAAGGCAAUGAAAAUAUUCUUCAGGAUGCUAAAAGGGAGAUACUAAUAUGUAUUUGUCAGAAAUAUUAGACCUCACCAAGAAUGGACUCUAUGGUAACCACGGACUUUAGAUAAUAAUGUAGCAGUAUUGUUUCAUUAAGUGUAACAGAGUUGUCGUAGGAAUGUAAAAUGUAUUUUUGCAGGCACCCAGGCGUGCGUGGCUUCUUCACGAAGUGCUAGUCAGCGUGGCCACGCCCCCUCGGGACUAGACAGCCACAAAGAGCAUCGAUGUUAACCGAUGCCGGAGAGGAGGCCCACUCAGCCAGGAGAAACCACAGGCGGCUGGUGUCGCCUCUUGGUCCGGCCAGACCCCAGGCAACGCGGGCAGAGCGGCAGGUAUCGGCUGUCAGGCGUGGAGCCAGCACACGUGCAAGCGCGGUGCCUUGCCUAGAGCUCGACAGGGCACCAUCAGGGAUUGGAAAUCGGCUGGAGCCAGAGAAGUACCUUCCACAUUGCAAACUGCGAAUCGAGCCCAUCUCCCACCCACAUUCUCUCAGGGCAAGCCCCACAGCGCCAUCUGGCGACCGCAGCAGGCCGGAAGCAUAGGGGUGGACCCCCGACAUGCCCCGCCCCCGUUCCGGCCAAUCGGAGCACGCGGCUCAUGAAUAGUGAGCGCGCGGCGCCGCCCCGCCCCGAGACCGCGGCACCGCCCGCUCGCGCAGACCCCGAGCGUGGCCGCAGCGAAGAUGGCGACUGCCAUGUACUUGGAGCACUAUCUGGACAGCAUUGAGAACCUUCCCUGUGAGCUUCAGAGGAACUUCCAACUGAUGCGAGAGCUAGACCAGAGAACAGAAGAUAAGAAAGCAGAGAUCGACAUUCUGGCUGCAGAGUAUAUCUCCACAGUGAAGACUCUUUCGUCAGCCCAGCGUGUGGAGCACCUCCAGAAGAUCCAGAGCGCCUACAGCAAGUGCAAGGAGUACAGCGAUGACAAGGUGCAGCUGGCCAUGCAGACCUACGAGAUGGUGGAUAAACAUAUCCGAAGACUGGAUGCUGACCUGGCACGCUUUGAGGCAGACCUGAAGGACAGGAUGGACGGAAGUGACUUUGAAAGCACUGGAUCGCGGAGCUUGAAAAGUCGGAGUCAGAAAGAAAAAAGAAGCUCUCGGGGCCGAGGCAGGAGGACAUCAGAAGAGGAUACCCCAAAGAAAAAGAAGCAUAAAAGCGGGUCUGAGUUUAACGACAGUAUCCUAUCUGUGCACCCCUCUGAUGUGCUGGACAUGCCUGUGGAUCCGAAUGAGCCUACAUACUGCUUGUGCCACCAGGUGUCCUACGGGGAGAUGAUCGGCUGUGACAAUCCGGAUUGUCCCAUUGAAUGGUUUCACUUUGCCUGCGUGGAUCUCACCACAAAGCCCAAAGGAAAGUGGUUUUGUCCCCGAUGUGUUCAGGAGAAGAGGAAGAAGAAGUAGCGAAGCGGCCGUUGUCCGGACUGAAGAGCGAGCUAAUAUAUUCUUCACUCAUGUUGCAAUAUUAUCUUUCAUUUUAAAACUACCUUUUUUCGACUGAUAUUUAAUAAUUCAGUGGCCAGUUGUGCUUGUGGAUAUUUCCUAAAACAAGAAGCCACUGCACCGUUUGCACAGAACAAUCUCACAGGGACUUGCCACAGUGACUUUAGGAGCAGGCUCCCCUAUCCCGCAACCUCCCACACUGGGCAUGGCCACACCACCAGUGAUGUGGGUCAGUUUGGGCUGUAGGCACAGUGCAUGGUGCAGGCUGGACGCAUUUUAACCUGUUACACUGCCACUGCUUUGUGACUAGGGGUUGGCCUUGAGUGCCCGCGGUUUCCAGAACUGUCUGAGGCAGAAUGGAGGCACAGCUGUUGCUCUGUGUAAAGCACCAAGCACUGCCCUAUGCUGUGCUCUGACCCUGACUGGAGACCGGGGACUCUUGGCUAAGAUACCUGUGAUGUAUCUGGAAGGGACCGGGGGCGCUUCCCAGGUGGAGGUGCCCUCCGUUGUCUUAAUGCACCACCUUUUCCUGUGAACUUGCAGCCCUCCCUGGAGAGUGAGCUUCCAUUAGCCUCGGACUGUCAGUUCCCACAACCAGCACUGCCCAACAGCGGACAGACAGCCAGGCUGCGCUUCCACCUCUCUGGGGAUUCCCGCCUUUUUCUACUGUGAAGAUGAAAUUAUUAUACUAGCAUGAAGGUCAUGGGUCUGUGUGUCUGUGAGCUGAUUCUGUCUACUGCGGGCUGAUUGUACAACUCUGCUAUGUUGCAUCCCACUAGACCAGCAGCUUACGUUCAAGGGACUGAUUAUGUGACAUGAUUUGUGAUUUCCUGUGCCCAAUAGCAGUUCUGGAAUGAAGGUAGGAAACUAGAGUGUAUCUGUUGAACUGUCCACAAAACCAAUGUUGAACUGUCUUGAAAGAGUUGGGGGAUGCACACACAGGGCCUGCUGAGAUGCAUCUGUGGUGGCUCCUGAGGCGUGCGUGGCAGGAUCCUGAGCUACCGUUGACUUAGACUAAGUUCUUCAGUAACCUAGGCUCUCUGAGAAGAAUCGAGAGAGCCCGACCAGUUCCUGGCCUCACUUCAGAAAAAGACCUGCAAGACAGAGCUGGGUUAUGCAAUGUCUGAUGUAAGGAGAGGCUGGCUUUUUAUAUAAUGACAGGCACGCUGUUUUCUUAUGAUGGCCACAAACAAAGCAGAAGGGAGUUGUCUCUGCUCCAUACCGUGUCAUCAUGGUGGUGUUCCUACUGGAAAGGAUAGCCUGUCCUCGUGAAAGAGGGAGACAGGCGUGGCUUGUGUUUGUGCUACUGAAUAAAUUGGUCCGUGGUGACCUUUCCUGGGAAGUAGGUACCAGGCAGGUUUGCUGCAGUUGAAAGGCAGCAGCUACCCAAGCUUGUCUCUAGGCUAGGAAGAGCUUCUGGAAUGGGGCUGGCAUUCUUCUUGGGGAUUCCUCUCAGGGUCAGACUAGAUAGACAUAACUUAGCCUUUGAAGGUUGUGAGGGUAAAUUACAGGAUCCACCUCCUUCCCCCCUUUAAGGACUAGAUCUCAUGUAUCCUAGGCAGACUUUGAACUCACCGUGUGGCUGAGAAUAACGCUGCUCUUUGAUCUUCUUCACCUCCCAAAUGCUGACGUUACAGGUGUGCACCAGAAGGUCUGGUUUUGCAAUGUUAGGGACCAAACCCAGAACCUUUUUUAGUUUGGUUUUUCAAGACAGGCUUUCUCUGUGUAGCCCUGGCUGUCUUGGAACUCAUUCUGUAGACCAGGCUGGCCUCGAACUCAGAUUCUCCUGCCUCUGCCUUCCAAGUGCUAGGACGAGGGGCAUGCCCCGCUGCUGCCAGCUCCAACCCAGAGCUCCGUGUGUUAGGCAAGCAUUCUGCAGACUGAGUCACACCCCGGCCUUUUCUUUAUUCUUUUACCAUUUGUUUUCUUUGUUCAGUGCUAGGGGUCAGGACUCGUGCUUCCUUUUAAUCUUACAUUUUAGAUUAUUUAUUUAUUUAUUGGGAAGCAGGGCUAGUAAAAGUCUAACCUUGAACUUGCAGUCAUCCUGUUGGAGCCUGGGAAUGUUGGGAUUACGGACAUGUGCCAUCAUGUCUGGACCGCUUUUUACAAUUUCUGUAAGCACAGGAAGUUUUUAAUCAGAUCUUGCCUGAUAACGCCUUAGAAGCUGUGUUGAUACUUGAGACGCAGCCUGAGGCAGCUGAGUCCUUUGGUGAUCAGGAAGAAGUGGCGUUUACUGGUGGAGGUGUUAGAGGCUGGACGAGCUCCGUCUCCCGGCUUCCCGAGGGCGGCUUCCUGAGGUCAUGCUGGCUUUUCCCCGAGUUCUUCUACCUGGGGCCACCCUACAUACUGGCUUCUGAACUUUAUUUAUUUUGUAUGUUUCUACGAUUAUCUGCUUUUUCUUUUUGACAGUUACAGUGUCAUGAAAAUAAGAUGCAUAUAGCUUGGGAAAAAAAAAAAACCAGACUUCAUGAGUUUAGGGAUUUAACUCAAUGGUGGAAAACCUUGGCUAACAAGUGUGAAGCUCAGUGUGGCGUUGGCUGCAGGUGCACAAAGCUGCCUUCAAAAGUGGUGGCCUAGGUUUAUCCCUGGCAACAGAAUGGGGGAAAGCAGAAAGGAAACUCUAGGCCAUUGCUGUGCUCUGCCGGAAGGCUUGUUCCCACUGUUACGUGUGAGCAAGGGAGGGUGUCCCAGCGGCUGCUCUGCCUCGGGUGCCGGGGAGCCCUGUGCGCACCACCCAGCCUUGUUCCAGAAGCCCGAGUGUCUCCAUUGUUGGACAAGACUCUCAUGCCUACUACCAAGACCUGGCUCUUGAGCUAUCCCUGCUUCAUAAACAGGAGUCGUAGGGUGACCCCCACAGGUCCCUAUGGCAGCAGCUUUGCCUGAGCCAAGGCUGGGUCCUCCCUGUGUAAUUCCCUUGUAAGUACACGAGUGUCCUGCAGAGAGGAGAGGAGUCAUCUUCCUUGUUUCUUGUGCACAUUAUCAGUAGUUUCUUAUAGAAGAAGCAUGAUGAAUUAAUGAAAAAAAAAAACAAACACCUGAGCCCCCAGAACUGUGAACAUGUUAGUGGUGUGAAGGUCCAAGCAGCACUGACCACCUAUCCAUCAGGUGGGGUCGGUAGGAGGCAGGCUGCCCACCGUGUCUUCUACUCUGCAGGUUUGUGGAUGGCUGGGGGAGUGGGUACCUGCUUGCUCCUGUGCACACAGCAUCUUGCCUUCUCUCACCUGUCCCCAGAAGGCCUUGGCAGGGAUGCUUCAAGCAAUACCACCACCCAGAGAGCAACUCGUCCACGUGAUCACGGUGCCAAGGUUGGCCCUGUUAUGCCAGGAGGUUAGGUAGGUCUUCAGCAUUUGAAAUCAAACAGGAGCAUUUGAGGUUUUGAAACCUUGUUUCCUUGGACAGAGAUUGGUCUCCACUACCUGUGCCCAGAGGAGCUUUAAAGUAGGGGAGGUCUAAGAAGUGUCUUUUCUCUCAGAAUGUGCGGUGGUGUUCGCUCUUGGCCACACUCCAUCCAUUGGAUGAUCCAGCUUUAACGUGAAUGCCACAUUUUAUCUUCAAGGAAUUAUUACCUAUUUCCCCUUUGUAAAGGAGAGAUACUAUUGUAAAUCUUUUUAUUAAAUAAUGUAAAGAUGUAUAUCUGUAUUUUUGGAUCAUGGAUUAUGGAUAUAUUGUUUAAUAAAUAAAAUAUUUUUGGGAAGAAA